UAAGGAAAGGCUUCAAGCUCGUCAUCCUGGACGAAGCCGACGCCAUGACCCAGGAUGCUCAGAACGCCCUGAGGCGAGUGAUCGAGAAGUUCACAGAAAACACCCGCUUCUGCCUCAUCUGCAACUACCUCUCCAAGAUCAUCCCCGCCCUGCAGUCCCGCUGCACGCGCUUCCGCUUCGGCCCCCUCACCCCGGAGCUGAUGGUGCCCCGGCUGCGGCACGUCAUACAGGAGGAGGGGGUGGAUGUGAGUGAGGAUGGGAUGAAGGCUCUGGUGACCCUCUCGAGCGGCGACAUGCGCAGAGCCCUCAAUAUCUUGCAGAGCACGACCAUGGCCUUCGGGAAGGUGACGGAAGAGAACGUCUACACCUGCACAGGACACCCGCUCAAGUCUGACAUUGCCAACAUCCUCGACUGGAUGCUGAACCAGGACUUCUCCACUGCCUACCGCAAAAUCACGGAGCUGAAGACGCUGAAGGGCUUGGCCCUGCAGGACAUCCUCACCGAGAUCCACCUCUUUGUGCACAGAG